AUGCACCCGCCGGGCUGCGCCCGCUUUCAUUCCUUCAUAAUCGCGUUACUCAUCGGUUUUGAAUGCGUCGCAGUCGCCUUGGGCGGGAUACGGACGAUCGACGAUACGUACGGUGACUCGGUGACGGGAGCAACGCCGACAUACUCCAACGCGGCAUGCUGGAACGAAGGGCCGAGUUGCUCGAUCUGCGUUUCCCAGCCAGACCCGGCGCAGGCGCACAACGGAACCUGGCACGACACGCAGUCGAACGUAUGCAGCAAUGCGCUGAGCAAUGAUACGACAGACCACACCGUCAUGUUCACAUUCACCGGGACCACUCUUACAGUGUACUGCAUCCUCGUGGCCCAAGGACCGGUCACGAAGGUCACCAACGUAACCUUCGAUCUCGACGGGGACCCCAGCACAUAUCAAUCGCCCCCGAGUUACAAUGCGAGCGCAUAUGGAUAUCAGUACAAUAUACCUGUCUACAGCAGGUCGUCGCUGAACAACACACAACACACGUUCACAAUGUCAACUGCGCAAGGGUCGCCAUCGUCACCAUCGCUCCUUCUGUUUGACUAUGCUACCUACAAGUGA